AUGGGAAUGCCUGAAAACCCAAAUAUUCUACAUAAGCUUAAGAAAUGUGCCGAGAUUUCAAGGGAAAUAGAGACGCAGGCAAACAGGCUGAGCUCACUAGUGGAAAGGCUUCAGCUAAGUGUUAUUGAUGGAUUUAGGCCCUACAUCAACCCAAAGAAAAAUAUUGGUAAACUUUUGUCAUUCUACAAUUCAUUUAUAUUAACAAAGGAAACCAUAGAGAAGGAAAAGUCUAAGGUGAUUAAGGUGUUUGGAGAGUCUGAAAAAAGAUUUCUCCCGCGAGACUUGAAAAUGCUCCUGGAAAAGAAAGUGAUGGAAUCUGCUCAGACACUUAUUGAUAUGAGCAGUGUGCUUAAAGAGUAUAGAGAAGUUAAAAUUGUGGGUUUAGAGAUCAACUCUUUGAACGAGUUUAUUGAAAAGACGAUGGAUGGAAUUUCUGAAUCCUUCUUUGGAUCUUUGAGAAGAAGCGGUGAAUACAAGCCAGAAUUCCGAGAGUUUGCAGCCUUUCUUCUUUCGAAUGGUAACAGAAGAAGGUUUAUGAGUAAGUAUACAGAUACAGUCUAUUCCACACUAGGGUUCGAUGACAUAGGAACAGACAUCAAGAUACUACUUGAGAGAACCACAAACCUGGAGAAGUUUCUAUUGGGUAUCAUUAAAAUGAAUAACAAUAUACUUGGGAAGGAGAACUCCGAAGUUACAAAUAUCGGGCUACUAAAGAUGUUUAUAAUCGGGCUGAAAAGAGCAAUAGCAGACAAUCUUAUGAAGAUGGAAAAGGAAGAGGAUAUUUCUAAUAUCCCGGCUUUGAUCAUGCUGAAUGACCAGCUCAACUAUUCUGGAGAUAAGAGGAUCGGAGUAGUGGAGGAGCUUUUUGUGUUUAAGGAUAGUAUUCAUAAGAUUAUAUGUAAUAGUAUUCUUAGAUACUUCGAGGAUUUAGAUAUGAUGAUGGAGCCUAACAAGCAUUGCGGCACAGAAGAGCUAUGCUUGAAGAUGAAGAGAGCACUGGAUGCCUUCUAUGACCAUAGGAAUGUUUCUGAGGUUUUUGUAUCGAAAUACGGAAAGGACUUUGAGUUGGAAGCCUCCCAGGACAUCUUUGAGAAGUUCAGUGCCAAGACAGUUGAAAAGAUACUGUUUUUGGCAGAAACUCUAAAGGGAAUUCCAAAGUCUAUGUACAUCAUAAAUAAUAUCUACAUCUUCCGAAACUAUCUGAAGAAUAUCGAAGGAAUUCCUAUAGAGAAAAUGAUUGAGAUUAAUCUCGAGGAUGUUCUAGGAGUGUGGAAGAAGGAGAUUUCAAAGAGAAAGGAAGAAGACAUCACCUUGUUUCUUGACAAGAACAUUGAGAGUCAGGGGAGAUACCAUCUUCCCAAAGGGCUUGGAGAAAAACUGGCUAGUGACGUUGAAAAGACUGUCAAUGAUGCCCUGAAAAAUAAGAAGUACAAAGGAGAUUAUGGGGACCUGAAAAAUAGCAUUUCAAAACUUUACCAAGAACCCAAAUAA